UGGUUGGGGCAUCUUUCUUAAGGAAGGCGCACAGAAGAACGAAUUCAUAUCGGAGUAUUGCGGCGAGAUAAUAUCACAGGAUGAGGCCGAUCGUCGUGGCAAGGUGUAUGACAAAUACAUGUGUUCAUUCCUGUUCAAUUUGAACAACGAUUUCGUUGUGGACGCCACGCGCAAGGGCAACAAAAUUCGGUUUGCCAAUCAUUCCAUUAAUCCCAAUUGUUAUGCCAAGGUCAUGAUGGUCACCGGGGAUCAUCGCAUUGGCAUCUUUGCCAAGCGCGCCAUUCAACCGGGCGAGGAACUCUUCUUUGACUACAGAUACGGACCCACCGAACAACUCAAGUUUGUGGGCAUUGAGCGCGAAACAGAAAUCAUUUAAUGUAUUGUACUUAACAACAAUUAUUAUAUGCUAUGGGAACUAUCUAACCAACUACAGUAAAUAUAUAAAGAGAAAUCUACACUGA